CUCUUUUUAUACCAAAUAUAAUACUCAUAUGAAAUGUUGUACGUUAAUAUGCAAUAUAAUAUAAGUUAUAAUACAUGAAGAUAUAAUAUAGUACACAUAUUUACGAUAUAAUAUAAUAUAAUAUAUAACGAAUUUCUCGGUCGUCUUCUUACUAAUUGUCCAUUUAACAGGUUCGACUAUACAAGUGACAAAAACAAUUGAACAGAGAAGAUGAAACAGUGACCGCAUCAAGGAUGGAGCUUGGACUAAAUUUUGAUGAUACUUUUUAUGAAGACAACAAAAAGGAGUUGAAACCUUUGCCAACUUGUUACAAUGCAAAAUAUUGUUCAAUGCUUUGGUUUGAAGAUGCUGUUGCGAAAGAAGAUGAAGAAAAACUGCAGCAUCUCAAGUUUAGCGCUGAUUUCCAUUUCGGACAAGGAAAUUAUUUGGAGGCCAUCGAGAAAUAUGAGAAAGCCAUUGGACUUCUCCCAGAACAUAAUUCUUCAAUGCUCCAAGACAUGACAGAGUCUUUGGCCAGAGCUCACCUAAUGACAGGAGACCACCAUCAAGCCAUCCACAUUGCAAACAAAUUGUAUCAUCAAGCUGUGAUCCCUUCACAUCGUACACGACACCUCUACCUGCUGCACAACAUUUACACUGCUGUUGGCGACUCUGAAGAAAACAAGAAAGUCCUGCAUAAUUUGCUGCUGCUUCAUCCGGUCAAUGUCCACUUUUGGAUGGCUUUGACCAACUGUUAUUCACCAGAGGCUGCGGCUACAACUGACCACUGCAAUAGUCUACACCCACAUGUCACUGACCAUCACAUCAGUCCACAGCUAGAGACCACAUCCACAACUGGCCACCACAACUGUGUACAACCAGUGGCCACAUGUAGAACUGACCACCACAAUAGUCUACUGCCAGAGGUCAAGGACCUUCACAACUGUCCACAGACAGAGACCCCAUCUACAGCUGACCACCACAACAGUCCACAACCAGAUGCCACGCUUUUGAAAUAUCUAACUUGUCUUCAUCGAUGUUCCUCCUUACUGAUGCACACCCUGAAGACAACUUCAUCUUUUGUUAAGAAACGCCAUAAAACAUUAUUUAACAAGGUCAAUUCAGCAAUUGAACAAUUCCAGAUUGGCAAAUCAAUCACGACUACAAUCAAAGAGGUUGUGUCUCAAGAUCUCGGUUACAACACAGAAUUGCCGGCAUCAGACGACAAAUUGGUUAAUCAACAACAGGAAAAUCCUGAAAGUUUAUCAACAGAAGAUUUUGAGACAAAAUGGUUUUCUUGGAUCAAAAACAUGGGCCCAUGUUCUUAAAUGUUGACCAGAUGGAAACCAUUCCUGGUGAGGAAUUAGUUGAGGAGGCAAACACACAAUGGCUGCUUUAAAGUCUUGAAACAAACUCCUGUGGCAAGAUUUAAAGACAUCACAGACAGAUUCUAGCAGCAUCUCCUCUCAACUUUAGAGAAUGAGGACAAGUGACAUUCUUACAAGACUUUAUAUUAGAAAAACAUUACUUUCAUUAUUAUCAUAAUUGUUUUUUUCUAGAAUGUAAUGGGUUGGAUGGUUAUGCAAAUUUUGACAUUUGCAUAGAUUUUUACAGUUGGAUGUCCUUCAUAUUGAAGACUAAACUAUCCUGCAAGUGUUUAUGGCCCAUGACCAUGUUAGCAGUCAAAUCACAAUUACCUCACAGCCAUGGAACCAAUUCCAAGAGAAUCUAUUGUCUUUAUUUUCCACAAAAUAGUAUUACAAAAUAUUCAACCAGUUAUUUAGAAAGUCAUUAAUAUAAAAUCUGAAAUACUUGAUUUUGAAAUGUUUUAAUAAUUUAGAAUUUUUCCAUAAGGUAUAAACUAGAAAUAUUUAAAUUUCAGUGAAGAGUACCAGGGAAACAGGAUCAGUUGAGCCAUGUCUGAAUGAUGUUCAUCAUAAUCAACCCUGUACUGCACACCAUCAGUAGAGAAUUAGCAGCUGAAAUAAAGAAACAAAAAGAAACACCUUCAAUUAGUCUCCAUCGUAAAACACAUUUCUACAAAAGAAAAAAACUUCUAAUUUGUAACUUGUUGUACAUUUUGGUGGGUUUAGGUGAUCCCUCAAGUGGAAUUGCUAACACCAAAGUCUACCUGUAAACUCUUGAAGGGAUUACCAUUUUUGUAUAAACUAAAAUCUCUUCAGGACCUCAAUUCUGAAACUGGUUGCAACAAGCCUUCAAAAGCUUUGCUUACCCUUACAUAUAUUUUAAAGUUAUCAGUAAAGUAAUGCAACUCACUCAACCAUUAAGGCAUAAUCAAACCCAUUGUCAUUCAUGUAAACUCAGACAAGAAGAGUUAAUAUUAUUCCUUAGCAUUUAACACAACAGCAGGAGUAAGUUUUGAACUUGUGACCACUUGGUUACAAUUAUUAUUACCACUUACUAUAUUUCCAGGGUUACAACUAUUAUUAGCCUAAAAUUCACUUCUUUUCUCUCAAAAGUUAACAGCACAAUCAAAAUAAUAUUUCUAAUAAUUCCUUCUGUUUUAACAUUUACAUGUGAAUGAACAAUGGUUAACAGAGUUUGAAGUGAACAGUGGUUAACAUAGUUUGAAGUGAACAGUGGUUAACAUAGUUUGAAGUGAACAGUGGUUAACAGAGUUUGAAGUGAACAGUGGUUAACAUAGUUUGAAGUGAACAGUGGUUAACAGAGUUUGAAGUGAACAGUGGUUAACAGAGUUUGAAGUGAACAGUGGUUAACAGAGUUUGAAGUGAACAGUGGUUAACAGAGUUUGAAGUGAACAGUGGUUAACAGAGUUUGAAGUGAACAGUGGUUAACAGAGUUUGAAGUGGACGGUGGUUAACAGAGUUUGAAGUGAACAGUGGUUAACAGAGUUUGAAGUGAACAGUGGUUAAUUCGCUGGACACUGUUCAUUCCUUCAGCUCUUCUGGACCACUUUUAACUGCAGUUCUGUACAGCCUUUAACACUUAUCCCCUGUGUGGAAUGUGGCCCACUACUCUGCCUUAACUGGGAUUCAAUCAAAAUUUAGUGGUCACUUACCGUCACUGGAGCCAGUUGAUGCU